CUCUAACAUCUUGUCCUUUUCCACCCUCCCCUUCUUUACGGCGAGUCCGACCCUUCAGUAUCCCCCGGCCGGAUCUCCCAAACUUAUUACGAGUUACCAGCUGCUCCUAGUGAUCAGCGAUCCCAAUCUCCCGUGUCUCAUGUCGCAUUGCUUUCCAUGAAACACAACUCUCAAAUCCACCACAGCCUCGUUGAGGUCGCGCAACCCUCUUCAUCCGAGUGAUGCCCCCCUACGCAGGAAGAAAGAGAAGCAGACCAGAUCGCACCUACUCAGAUGAACAUCAAAACACCCGCCCCUCACCUCACCGUCCGGAAAAUCUCAACCUUGCCCAACACGCCCACGAUCCCUCGGGUCAUGACCGUGAUUACCAGGGUCGCGGAGGUCGAGGUUCUAGAAGGUCAAGUCGAGGAGGUCGCGGAGGAGCUCUCCCAUUCAAUCCUUUGAGCAGUUCUGGCGAGACUCCCCAGUCAACCACACCCUCCAAUAAUCCAACUCCUAGUGCCAACGACAGCAUGGGCCCGACCUCGAUCGCACCGCCGACAUCUGAUCCUCCCAAAAUCAGACUCACAGCCCCCCCUCCUCCAUCGCAACCGCUCAGCCAUGUCUACAUUACUGAAGAUGUCCUUCAAUCCUGGGAUCAAGGGGGGAGCCAAAAGGUCCUCGGGCAUGCGCAAGAGGGAUUACAAGAUGAGGAUGGCCCAAUAUUGACUGCAGUCAUGCACGAACUGGUCCAAGUCGUCAUCUAUGGCAAACUUGAACCAUCCCUUGCUGGAGACUUAGUCAAAGCAUUCUUUGAUAGCGAGCCUAGCCAGGAUACCUCGUCCGACAAGAUCACCCCAACUACCGCCGAAGCUGCAUUACUCGACACAAUUUCGGUCUUCUUCGAAGCCAACCCUUCCCUCCCCGUUGAUCGCCUCACUCUAUUCCUCCAAGCCAGCGGAAUUUCUUCCGAGUUGCUCCGGCUCGAACUUGACGCGGCCUUGUUGGAAAAGCUGGAGUUGAUCCGAAAUACCUUCAGCCGUGUUCUCAUCCGAAAGCAGACAAAUUUCCUGUACCGCCAAGCAAAUUUCAACUUGAUGCGGGAGGAGUCUGAAGGCUUCGCUAAGCUCAUUACCGAGUUGUUCACCACCAGUAAUAAUGAGGCUCCUACAGGAGAGGUAGUGGAAGAUACUGUCGAAAAAGUCAAGGCCAUGAUCGGCGCGUUCGAUCUAGACGUUGGACGAAGCCUUGACGUCGUUCUCGAUGUCUUUGGUUCUGUCCUUGUCAAGCAGUUCCGAUUCUUUGUCAAGUUCCUGCGUGCCAGUCCAUGGUGGCCACGACAGUCUGCUUCCGCAAAAAAACUAGGUGCAAACGCCGGAAUCCCUCGGUGGGCUCUUCCUGGCUCUCCUGACUGGCACCUGACCGACGAACAAAGACAACUUGUUGCGCUUGAAACCCUUGAACGGGACGUGGCAUUUUGGCCCAUGGCCAAGGAGCAAGGACUCAAGGCCUUCUACCUUCUUGGGAGAGCUCCCGUUUCUCAGGAACAACUCGAUCGAGCUGCAGAAGCCCCUGCUGAUGAUCUCCAAGCCGCCUGGAUCCGAGAGACAGGCACCACUCCACCGUUUGGAAAUUGUGAUGCAGCUCAACUGCUCGGUUUCAAGUUGCGUUUCUACUCGACCUCAGCUGCUCGAGACGAUUCCGACAUCUUGCCCGAAAACCUUAUCUACUUGUCCGCCCUACUGAUUAAGAUUGGUUUCAUCUCGCUCAAGGAUCUCUAUCCCCAUAUCUGGAAACCAGACGAUGCCAUGGAAGAACUCAAGCAACAAAAGAUGAAAGAGAAAGCCGAGCGUGAAGCCGCCGCCAAACCUGGCGCUGGGAUGAAGAACGCUCUAGCCAUGGCCGGUGCACUUGUUGAUGAUACUGCUGCGCCGAUUCCUUCGCGUCUUAGAGAGACGACCACAAGACCCAGCACACCGGCAAAGGAGACCGAAAGUGAUGCAGCCAAUGCCAAAAACAACAACGAGCCAGCAGAUCAGAAGGUUUUACUUCUGAAAAGCCUGCUCGCAAUCGGCGCUCUACCAGAAGCUCUCUUCAUCCUGGGCCGAUUUCCAUGGCUCAUCGACCUCUACCCCGAGCUUCCUGAAUACAUCUACCGCAUCCUCCACCACUGUCUCAGCAAAGUCUAUGGAGAUGUUCGACCUUUGCAAGAGCGCUCAACCUUAAGGAAUGCCGCUCCCCUCUACGAAACAGAUGUCCCAGGCCUCCAGAAAGGACAAGUCAGAGUCCAAGACGCCACAGAGAGAAAAACACUGCGAUGGCCAAUGCUGGAUAAGAGCGAUUGCGCCGAUGGGGUUGAUUACCGAUUCUAUUGGGAUGAAUGGAAUGACAAUGUACCGGUUUGUCAAUCGGUAGAUGACAUUUUUACUCUAUGCGACACGUUACUCUCUUUAGUCGAUGUCAAAAUUGGGCAAGAUUCUGGUCUACUCCUCAAGCUGGCAAGAAUCGGCAAGCAUAGUCUUGUUACUGAUCGCAGCGAAUCAAAUCGAGCUCGCUGGCUGGACUUGAGCAAACGAAUCUUGUUACCCGCUUUGAGCCUGACAAAAUCCAAUGCAGGUGCUGUGAACGAGGUGUUCGAGCUCAUCAGCAAUUUCCCUGUCAGCGUGCGCUACCAACUUUACCUCGAAUGGUCAAGUGGACGAACAUCACGCAAACCAGACGUCAAGGCCGCAUUUGAUCUCGCCAAAGCCGAAACGAGGGACAUUCUCAAGCGUAUUUCCAAUACAAACGUUAGGCCCAUGGCGCGAGCUCUGGCCAAGGUUGCCUUUGCCAACCCUCAUGUUGUCGUCACCACUGCCCUUCCGCAGAUUGAAGUGUAUGACAGUAUUUCUGAGGUUUUUGUUGAAGGUGCACGAUACUUUACGGAUCUUGGCUACGACGUUCUUACGUGGGCUGUAGUCAGCUCAAUGGCGAGGACUGGUCGACAACGCAUUCAAGAAGGAGGCAUGUUUACCAGCAAGUGGCUCAUUGCUCUCUCACAAUUUGCCGGCAAAAUAUACAAGCGGUAUGGCAUGAUGAGACCGGGUCCGGUACUACAAUAUGUUGUUGAGCAACUCGACAAAGGCAACACCGCUGAUCUCAAGAUGCUGGAGCAAGUCGUGGCAUCCAUGGGCGGCAUCACCACUGACACGAGUUACAACGACGCUCAAUUGCAGGCCAUGGGUGGUGGGCCACUUCUUCAAUCUCAAACUAUUCUCCAAGUCCUGGAUCAACGACAUGAAUCCAAAAAGACGUCAGAGAGGCUCAUGAAGUCGUUGCACGAUACUGGACUGGCGGCCAAGAUCUUGAUAUCCAUGGCGCAACAGAGUCAAGAUUGCGUCUUCAACGACAGCACUGCGCCUCUUAAAGCAAUCGGCAACACAUAUGAUGAAGUACAGCGCGUGAUGGAACAAUAUAUGGAUCUUCUUCGCCACAAUCUAUCUCCAGAGGAAUUCCGCAACACCAUCCCGGAUGUAACCAGUUUGCUUCUUGAUUAUGAGAUUCGUCCGGAGGUUGCUUUCUGGAUCAGUCGGAAUGUCCUGGCCCAACAGAUGAUUGAAUAUGACAAGGCCACCCGAGAACAACUCGCCGAAGAGAGCGGCGAAUCAAAUGCUCUGAAUCAAGACCUUGGAAAUAUGAAUGGAGGCAGCUCAGAGGAAGAUGGAGAGGCUGAAGAUUCCGAAAACGGUGAAACACCACUCAACGUCAGUACACCCGACGCCGGCAUGGAUCUCGACAUUCCACCCAAAACUCCAACAGCUGAGCAAGACCACGUCGACUGUUGGCACCCAGUAAUGAAGAACGUCAUGUCCACUGUGCAGCGCCAUCUCCCUGAACAAGUAUCUGAUAUUAUCGGUACAGGCUUCUAUUCAACAUUCUGGCAAUUAUCUCUGUAUGAUAUCAUUAUUCCUGGCAAGUCAUACGAAGAUGAGAUCUCUCGGCAGAAAAAGAAGAUUGCAGCAAUUUCAGCCGACCGGACCGAUGUCAGCGUUGCAGGAACACGAAAGAAAGAACAAGCCAAGAAGGAGCUUCAGGAGCUGAUGGAUAAGUUGCUGGCUGAGAACAGACAACACCUCAAGGCUUCCGCGGAGAGCAAAGCCAGGCUGGCGCGGGAGAAGGAGCAAUGGUUCGUGGGCAAGGCUCGACUCAACGAAGAGCUCAACAUGGCUUUGAUGGAACACUGCUUCUUGCCCAGACUCCUCUCCUCGCCGCUGGACGCAUACUUCAGCUUCAAGUUUCUGAAAUAUCUACAGUCUGCUGGAACACCAAACUUUCGAACCCUCGGCUUCAUCGAUGUAUUCUUCAGACCAGCACGACUAAACUCCUUGAUCUUCACAUGCACCUCUAAGGAAUCCGACAACCUAGGAAGAUUUCUCAAUGAACUACUCAAAGACUUAAGCAGGUGGCAUAACUCGAAGCAGACGUAUGAGCGAGAAGCAUGGGGCGUUAAGAAAAACUUGCCGGGUUUCGCCUUGAAGGUGGAAAGUGGGAAAGUGGUCACCUUGCUCGAGUACCAAAAGUUCCGCAACAUCCUUUUCAAGUGGCACUCGAGCCUCUUCAAUGCUCUGGUCAGAUGCCUCACAUCUCCAGAGUACAUGCACGUUCGAAAUGCGAUAUCUGUCCUACGGGCUGUUGCGGGAUUUUAUCCCUCGGUCAACACUCACGGGGUUGGGUUACAGAAAGCUGUGGACAAGUUAGGGGAGUCAGACAAGGAAGAUCUGAAAGUGUCAUCCCAAGCCCUUCUCGGUGCCUUGCACAAGCGUGAGAAAGUAUGGAUAUCACCCGUCAUGUUUCGAGAAGGUCAAGAGAAGGUCACGGCACCUGAGCAAAAGCCGACUCAAGAGAGAGCCAAAGCAGUCGAGCGUGCGACGUCAACUCCCAAGCUCGCUACAGGGACAGAGCCGACAGGCGAGGUCAAAGACACGAUCAUGGUCGACAGCGCACCCAAGGCUAGGCCAAGUAUCGAGAAGAAUGAAACUGAGGAACGGAAAGCAACCAAGCCUGAGGCGACUUCGGAACGUUCCAAUCCUGUGACGAAGCCGGCCACAUCCAACGGUGCUUCUACCCCUUCUAGACAGACUGUGGAAACCUCUAGCAGUCGAGAUUCACGCCAGACGCGUCAAGACCUCCCCAAGCCACACAACCUUCCAAGACGAGUUUCGCCAUCUCAUGCGCCUCCAGAGCGACCCCCUUCUCAUUUACCCAAUCGGCCAGAGGUACCAGAAAGUCGAAAUGGUCAUCGAGAACCACUUCGACAAUCCGUUAGAGCUGGCGCUGAUCUGGCUAGAUCAGGGUCGGACCCGAGACAGGAUCUCCGACCAGACAGUAGAGGUUAUCCUCCGCGGGAUCUCAGACCUGGAUAUCGUGGUUUGGAACCCCCGCCAUACGAAGACUACGAACGGCCUUCCAGGAGAUAUGAGCGACAAGAUGGUCCUCCGCAUGGACUUCGAGACGACCGAGGGUAUCCACGAGAUAGAGAUCACGACAGAUUGGCGGCAGCUCAGGAUCGAAGUCGACCAGCAGGGCGAGACCGACCUGCUCUUCGCCCACCCCCGGACCGAACUGAAAGAGAACCAAGAGAAUCAGGCCCUCGUUCACGUCCACCUCUAGGUGAAGAGCCUAGUGUUGCAGAUAUCACUUCGCAGAAGCCGACUUCACAACGGAGAGAAUCGCCUGGGAGAUCUGCCAAUGUAUCCAUCAAUCCCGAGCGCGCUUCUCAAAUCGAAGGGCCCGGGGACCAACGUCCAAGUGGACCUCUUCGCAAUCAACGUGAAGAGGGAAGUGCACGAUCAUCGCGACCAUCCUCACCACGAAGAGACGAGGAGAGAAGACAAGGAAGGCGCAAUAAUGACGAACGACCUGUUGAACGCCGAAGUGAGGCGCCGGGCCGGACUGCUGGACCUCACCCAAGCAUGUCUGCUGAUCAAUCACCUCUGAAUCCGGGCCCUCGGGGUGGCGGUCGCGACCAUGCUCGUGACGCUCGUGAACCUCGAGAACCAAGAUUUCCUAGACAACCUCCAGUCGACAUGCAGCAUGGGAGACUAGAGCAGGAGCCACCCCAUCGCGGGUCCGGAACUCCCAACACAGAGCGACCCCAGUCAAUUGACGUACCUUCAGGGCCUCGUACCCGGCCACCACCGCCUGUCAAUGUAGCGAAAGCACGUUUGCCAGCAGUUGACACUCAGAGUUCAUCGUCACCACCUCAACAUGAUCGGCCGACACCAACAGGUCCUUCUUCAAGGAGACAUGGUCGAAAUGGGUCAUACAAUGACGCCGCCAGCACACCUAGUACACCUGACACAUCAGGGGUUCAUCCGGCUCGUCUCAUGCAAAUUGACCAGAGUAAUGAAGGGCCCAGACAACAUCAGACUUCAGGAUUGCCACCUCCAAAUCAUGCGCCCGCUGGCCCACGAGGCCAUCCGCCUGCUGGAGCACCUUCCGGACCAUCUCCAACCUCGCGCGGACCUCCUCCGAGUCUUCCGGUUGUGGAGAGUGGUGCAGGGCGGGGAAGCCGAGGCGGGCGAACUGCGUUGUCAGCUGUCAAUAACACGCUGGCGCAGGCGGGAUCUGGUUCGUCCAGUCGAGGACGUGGUAGUGGAGUGCGUCAGAACAGCGGGUCUUUUGGAGCACCGAUGCAACCUCCGCCCCCUCCCCCUCCUGGAGGACCGCCGUCGAAUGGCUAUGGAGCGCAGCAAGACCUGUUUGCAGGGUCGAAUCCCAAUGAGAUGCCCCUUGGAUCUCGACAGACGCCGUCACGGCAUGGAAGCGAACGCGAACGUGAGCGACGUUCAGAUUACAGUGAUGAUCGAGGGUCGGAGAGAAGAUCGUCUCGCCACUCUAGUCGACAUGAUGAGAGUCGAGGAGAGCGAGAGCACGGCGGAAGGGGAGAUGGACGGGAAGGAAAAGAGGAUCGACAUGGAGAGAGAAUGUCACGACGAGACGAGGGAAUGGGCCAUGGACCUGGAUACAUGGGACGGCAAGAAGGUGAUGACCGGCGUGGCGGGAGUGGAAGUGGAAGUGGAGGCGGCUAUUCGCGAUCUGGCCCUCCGAACGGAAGGGAAGAGCAUGCAUCGAGAAAACAUGGACGAAGUGAUGAAGCAGGACCAUAUGGGUCAGGUGGGCCAGGAGAACGGGGAGGUGAGAGGCCUGGAGACCGACCUGGUCGAGGAGGCGCUCGGGUUGCGAGUGAGAACAAGCGACCGAGAAGAGGGCCUUGAUUGCCAUUGCAUAAGGAACGAGGAAGUCUUUCUUCAAUGAAUGUCUUGAUAGAUUGCAUGGGCGAGUGAGCAUCUGGGCAACGGAUGAGAGAAGAGUGGAGAGACCUCUAUUUUAUUCAGAGGAAAUGUCAACAAAAGAAUGUUCAGCAAGAUCUUCACGAUAGGUGAGCCGUGGACGUCUUGCGGCAUACUGUACAAUUGAUAUCUGAGAGUCAUUCGCAUACCAGUGUAAGAACACACAGUGAUUGAAGUGAUCCACGCUGUCAAUCUCAUGAGUACACCUAGUUGUUGAGACAUUGUGUAGGAUAUACGGAGUAGUAGUAGGUAGUG